UCCUUGCAUAAAUUAUGUUCAUGACGUAGUGCUAAAGGCCAAUUUUCUACACAUUUCGCAGACUUUUGCGGCCCGUGUGGGAUUCCGUUUGACACUUGCGGGGGAAUUUUUGGGGACGAUCUCGGCCGCCACGGGAGAAAGGACACCGUCAUGAAUUAUUAAGAAAGAGGGGAUCCCUCCAUAGCAAAACCUCCUUAUCCAUGCAAAUGCCUCUUUUGUGUGCAGUCACAGCGCCCGUCUGGGAGCUGAGAUGAAUUUUUAAUUAUGUGUGACUGAAACAAAACUGUGUUGCGGGCACCUUUUAAAAAGGGGGGAGGACGGCGGAGGACAAGAUAACUGCUCGCGCGUCUUUUCCCACAUAGAAUGCCAGGAGUGUGACUGAGGCGGUGGACUGAGCCAUGGAUUCCCAGGAUCUGCCGGUUAAAGAUGCCCCACUUACGGUCAAUGAACAGCCAUUUAGCUCCUGCACUUUGAAAUUCCCUGCCAAAGACAACCAGGUGAUUGUGAUGUCUGGCCAUGAGACUAUCCGUGUGCUAGAGGUAGAGGUCGAUGCAUCUCUUCCAUCCUCAGUACCUGAUGGAAAGCCUGACAAAGCCAGGAAUAAGGCCUCUGAACAGCCUGAGGCUGGCAGCACACAGGAAAGCCAAACAUCAUCCCACAGCAGUGUGGGAGUUGUAAAGCAAGAGCAGCAAGUGGUACCGGUGGAGGCUGCGGCCCCUUCUGUCCACACUUUGGCCUCAGCUGUCCCCAUCAGCGUGUCCCUGCCCCAGCCACAGGCUGCCAUGCCCAUCUCUUUACAGGGCUGUCCACAGGUGCUGACCCAGGAAAGCUUGGCAACUCUGAUGACUGGGAUGUUAGCUCAGUCGGGAUCGCUUGGUCAGCCCCUGCUCAUCCCCCUUGGUAUGGCAGGAUCCAUUGGAGCCCAAGGCGGCUUGGCUGUGCUUACCCUUCCCACCACUAAUGUAGCUACUCUCCCUGGACUCGCAGCUGCUAAUCCGUCAGGAAGUCUCCUCAAACUGCCCUUAGCUGGCCUUCAAGCCGCAACAGUGGUGAACUCAGUCCAGCCCCAACUGCAGACAGCUGCACAGACAGUAUUCCAGUCGCAGGCGGCCUCCAUACCACCGUUGCAGGGAGCCAUGCAGCAGGUACCCUCCCAGCUGACACAGGUGACCAGUGCACAGGCGACCGCUGGCCAAGUGGCGGCAGCCCAGGUUACCUCGACCACCACAACUGUCUCUCAUCCCAGCAUUUCUGUAGCUGCUCUCCAGACCGCAGGACUCUCUAUCAAUCCAGCCAUUAUAAGUGCUGCUUCACUGGGAGCACAGCCGCAGUUCCUGAGUUCCCUCACGUCCACCCCCAUCAUCACCAGUGCCAUGUCCGGUAUGGCUGGCAUCACCAGCCAAAUUAUUACAAAUGCCCAGGGACAAGUCAUAGGAACCCUCCCACUGCUGGUGAACCCUGCCUCUCUGGCUGGAGGGGGGGCCACUCCCACCCUGCCCCUCCAGGGACUUCAGGUCCAAACCGUCACCCCGCAGCUGGUUCUCAACACCCAGGGACAGAUCAUCGCCACUCUAGGAAAUGGACCCACCGCAGUCCCAACUUCUGCUGCUGUUCUGCCCAAGGCCACUGCUCAACCCGCACUUUCCAAGCCCAGCACACAGGCGUCUGUUACAGCUGUCACUCAGUCACCAGUUGUCAUCGCCCCACAGCCUUCUGCAUUGAAGACGGCCACCACAGUCUCCUCCUCCGUUCCCAUUACCUGCGGAGACAUAGCGACAGUGGGCCAGCUUGUCAGCAAGCCUCAGCAAGCAGUCAGCAGUGAGGAGGGCAUUAAUCUGGAAGAAAUCCGAGAGUUUGCCAAGAACUUCAAGAUCCGCCGGCUCUCUCUGGGGCUUACCCAGACACAAGUGGGGCAGGCUCUGACUGCGACGGAGGGUCCAGCCUAUAGCCAAUCUGCCAUUUGCAGGUUUGAAAAAUUGGAUAUCACCCCCAAGAGUGCCCAGAAGCUGAAGCCGGUUUUAGAGAGGUGGCUGGCCGAAGCCGAGCUGUGGAACCAGAAAGGCCAGCAGAAUCUGAUGGAGUUCGUGGGUGGCGAGCCGUCCAAGAAACGCAAGCGCCGGACCAGUUUCACGCCGCAGGCCAUAGAAGUCCUUAACACCUACUUCGAGAAGAACGCCCUCCCCACCGGCCAGGAGAUUACGGAAAUCGCACGGGAGCUCAAUUACGACCGCGAGGUUGUGCGAGUGUGGUUUUGCAACCGCCGACAGACACUGAAGAACACGAGCAAAAUCAAUGUCUUCCAGGUUCAGUAG